AUGAUUUUGGUGUCCAUGUUCUCAUCACUUGACCAACAGGAUAAUCUACCACAGACAUGUUUGAAGAUGAAGAUCGACACCAGCCUGACGAUGCCCCAGCUCCCGGAGGCCCUGUCCCAGGCAGGCCUCCAGUUCUCUGUGGCCACCGAGGAGGACUUUGAUGAAAUCAUGGCCAUGAGCCAGGACAUCUACGGAGGCCUUGACUACCUUCCAACUCGGUACACCAGCUGGCUGCAGGAGACCAACCGCACAGUCAUUCUGGCUCGCAAGCAGGGCAAAGUGAUCGCCCUGGAGUCGGUGUGUGUGAUCGACGACGGGGAGACGAUGCUGGUGGAGGGCCUUCGGGUGGCUCCUCAGGAGCGGGGCAAGGGCGUGGCGGGCGUCCUGCUCCGCUUCUGCUCCGAGCUGGUGAAGUCCAAGUACCCGGAGGUGAAGGUGACCCGGCUGACCCGCGACGAUCAGCUGGGACCCAAGGAUUUCCAGAAGUACCGCAUCAUAACCAAGCAGGGCAUCCUGCUGGUGCGCUUCAGGGCCGAAGACGUCAAACUGCGCCUGUCCGAGCUCCAGCCCUCCUUCCCGGUCUCCAACCGCUCCCCCGUGCAUCUGGAUCACCCCGCCAUCCACCGGCUGUACCUGACCACCGACCUGAUGCGGGGCGUCCUUCCCAACGCCACCAUCAUUCAGGACUGGCAGCCUUUCAAGCCUUCCCUCAGCAACAUGGCCAUCCUGCUGAAGAAGGACAUCGACUGGCUGGUGGACGACGAGGCCCGUCCCACCGUGGCCAGCCUCUGCACCUUCCCCUUCAGGGUGCCCAUCGGAGACGACUGGUACUACCUGAACAUCGACAUGUUCGGUAAAGACCUGGGCCUGGUCCGCCAGCAGUUCCUGAGCCACCUGCGUCGCCACACCGCGGCGCUGCAGGGUCACGUGAUGUGCCAGAUGUUCCUGGACCCGCCGCUCUGGAAGCCCAUGGCCGAGUUCUGCCAGGGCGUGCUGGGCGUGGAGCUGGUGAAGGAGUACACCGAGCAGUGCGUGGUGGAGUCGGACGUCGCCUAGUGGCCGGGGUCGGGGCGGCGAGGGGCGCGAGGCGAAGGUGCAA